AUGUCCGGGAGAAUGCUCCGGUGGUCGUUGGAACUUGCGGAGUUCGACAUCAAAUACGAGGGAAGAAAAGCCCUUAAAGCACAGGUCUUGGCAGAUUUCGUAGCCGAAAUGGCCUUCCCCGAAACAACAAACAACAACGCCCGAAGAUGGACCUUAUACGUGGACGGUGCUUCAAGCUCGAACGGCAGCGGAGCAGGGAUCAUUCUUGAAAAUGGAGAAGGAACCCUCAUAGAGGUAUCCCUUUCACUAUCAUUCCCAACAUCCAACAACCAAGCAGAGUAUGAGGCCCUGUUAGCCGGGCUGUGCCUCGCAAACGACUUAGAAGCCGAAGACAUUGAGGUAUUCACCGACUCUCAAUUGGUCGCAUCACACAUCUCGGGCGAAUAUCAGGUCAAUAGUGAAGCCCUCGCCGAAUACCUAGCCCUCGUAAAAGAAAGACUGGCCCGAUUCAGGAGCGCCAAAGUAAAACACAUCCCAAGGAAACACAACGCUCGGGCAGACGUCCUAUCAAAACUAGCGAGCAUAAGAAAGAAGGGAGGUAACAAAUCCGUAAUCCAGGAGAUAUUGCCAAAACCCAGCACCGAGACCUCAUCUUCCCUCUCACUCGUAAACGCAAUUGGAGACGCGUCCUGCUGGAUGACCCCCGUAUACAAUUACUUAACUAGUGACCUCUUUCCCGCCGAUCCGAAAGAGGCCUCCACCAUCCGAAGACGAGCUUGCUCGUACGUCUUAGUCGAAAAUCGCCUCUACCGGCGAGGAUUUUCCAUACCUAUCCUCAAAUGUAUAGCCGAGGGCACAGUCCCCCACAUACUCCGAGAGAUACACGAAGGAAUCAAUUCCCAACAUCUAGGAGGAAGAUCACUCGCUCGGAAGGCUCUCCGAGCAGGCUACUAUUGGCCGACGAUGCAAGACGACGCCAAAGAAUACGUUAAGAGAUGCGACAAAUGCCAGCGUUUCGAGGACAUGCACCUCGCGCCCCCCAACGAACUCAAAUCCUUAUCGUCUCCCUGGCCAUUUGCGUGGUGGGGGAUGGAUCUCCUCGGUCCGUUCGUGACCGGAAGCAAUCAGAACAAGUAUCUCAUAGUUGCGGUCGACUAUUUUACCAAAUGGAUCGAGGCCGAGCCACUAGCCAAAAUCACGUCCUUGAACUUAAGACCACAGGUGCGGCCUGGUACACGCCGACCACCUAUAGAUGAAACAAAACGACAGAAGCUUGAUCUAUUAAUCGAACAGACUCCUUGUCCUUCGGGGGGCCCGAAUACCGAGCAUCCCCGUCGUAAACAAGUACCAUGA